AUGAUUAUUGAGAACAGUAAAGAAGUUACUAUAAACGAAGAUAUUGAAAAAGAAAUUUACGAAUGUUUCUCUUUAUUUGAUACAAAUAAAUGUGGGUAUAUUGACAUUAGGGAAUUUUACUUUGCCUUAAAAUCCCUAGGCUUAAAUUUUAAAAAAGAACAAGUAAAAAAUUUAUUUUUAGAAAUAAAGAAAAGUAUUGAUGACAAAUUAAAUUUUGAUGAAUUUUUUGAUAUCGCCUCAAAACAUAUCCAUAAAAGAUACAAUGACGAGGAAAUAGAACAGAUGUUUUCCUUGUUCGAUCCGAAUGACACGGGAAAAAUUACUUUGGCUUCUUUGAAAAAAGUCUGCGCUGAUAUAGGAGAAAAUAUAGAUGACGUGGAACUGAACAAUAUGAUCGAAUUUGCUGAUAAGAACAAUGACAAAGUUAUAGAUAAAGAAGAGUUUAAAAGCAUCGUUUUAAGUGCGUGGAGAAACGACCCAUUUAGUGAUAUCGACUCAGACUGA